ACGUUCCCGGCCGAGGACGCCGAGAUCUCGGUCGCCGAGGCCUUUGACUCGGCCUACUGCAGCGUCAUGGUCGACCACUACUGCGUGGCUGGCAGCCUCGGCGACGCCAUUAGCAUGUUCUCGCUCUCGUCGUCGCCCGUGCUCUCGUCCAUUGUCUCGGCCUUCAACCUCAACGCCAACGACCAGAUCGGCCUCAAGGGUGCGUGCCAGAACAUCAAUGCGACGGCAUCGAGCGCGCUCGUCGGCCUCGACAUGAAGAAGCUCCAGACGGUCUGCGCAGCGUGCCAGACGUCGACGCACAUUGAUUUCUCGGACCUCUAUGGCUGGUGGUGGUCGACUCAAAGCCAAUUGAAAACUGAGCGAAAAUGGACGAUGUAA